UUCACAUUGCUACUAGUGAUGGCAAUGGGGCGGGGCAGGUACUUCAAUAUCCAUGCACCGCCCCACGCUACUACGGGUCGGAGCUUUCACGAUAAAAUGAAGGAGAAAACACUUUAUGAAUGAAAACAUAGUCAUAAUAGAAUGAGUAAUUGUGUCUAACCAGUUGAAAGAUCUAACUCUAACUAGUUGAAAAAAAGUCAAAAUAGGAGAAAUAUGUAUAGAUAUUGUAAGAAAUUGAGGUAGAAUAUAAUGGGCCAAGAACGGGGCGAGGCAGGGCAUGGCGGGUCGGAAGCAGAUACCCUUGCCUCGACCCACCCUACUGCAGGUCGAAUAAUACCCACCCCAUCACGGGUCAGGUCGGGUACGAAAUACCCGCGAGUCUGGUUCAAAUUGCCAUCACUAAUUUCUACAUAUUAUGUUUAUGCAGUUCAUGUACAAACCGAACAUAUUAGCGGUCAAACCAUUCUACUUGAUAAACUGGCGCUACGAGAUAGAUCGAUUUGACAACCUUGAGGUCUGUGUAAGACCUUGUACCUUCCUUGAUCCUUGAGGAAUCGAAUGACGCAAAAAGAAAGUUGACGGUAACGGCCUGACGGAGUGAGGCUCCCUCCCGAUCGGACGUCCCUGGUUGACGCUGAUGGAUUGAGGAGGAUCAACCGUCUACAUCCCGGAGCACUGUAACUUACAGGUCGCCUAUUCGUUCCCUCGUCCAGCUUCCUUCAAUGCAUUUCUAUCUAAUUUGAUAAAGCUCGCAAUCAUUCGUUCAUCCAAGUCUGCCUGUUCGAGGAAGAAAUCCAAUUCGAAGUUCGCCAGUUUCUGGAGGGAAAUUUCUUCGAGGCUAGGGUUUCUAAUAUCUUCCCGCAGUAUAUCUUCACCUUGCUCGCUCGCUCCCCUGCUCCUGGCCAGUAAACCGGUGGAGGACAGCGCUGAUUGAUGAACAAGCUCUGCUAGUGUUUUUGUAGCUGCCCCUUGCCAUGGCGGAAGCUUCCAACGGUCGCGUUACUAUUACUCUCGGUCCUAGUGGCCAGGUAGUGAAGCGAGCUGUGUCGGCUGCUGGCUAUUCAGAUUCUCUGCUAGGUGCUGGAGGGAAGCGCUCUGUGAGGGAUAGAUUAGGAGGUGACUCGGAGGGUUCCAUGUACCGUGGCGACAAGCGGCAUAGAAGCGAUAGUUAUUUGACUGCUGCAAACUCUGCUGGUGUUAGAGAUGCUCGUAUUGGUAAGGGCGACCUACGCUUCAAACUCUUGCAAAAGAAUGUGGGUAGAAGAGAUCAGAGUGAUGAUGACAAGUGGGAUUUGCGAGAUAAGCUCUCAAAGAAGGCACAAUCCCUUAGCCACCCUCCUGCUGUUCUUGGUACUGGGGAGCUCAUGUCAUAUCCUAGGGAGACUAGUCUAUUGGGCGGAAUCCCUCCUUCAGGAAGUUCCAGUGAAUUGUCUCGGAGGGAACCUUCAAGAAAUUCAUAUUCCCCUUGGACUUUGGACCAUAUAAGACGGAGAUCUCCAGGUAGGAUUAUAACUGCUUCAACACCUCCAGAUAGGGGUAUCAGUACAUCUAGAGGGUUCUCUCCGCCAAGACAUGUGGAUGAAGGUCAGCGAAGGUCAUUAGGCAGGUCUAUUGAUGAUGUUAGACCGGUUUCAUACAUGACGAGAGAUGUUCGUGAUGCUCCUAGGUCCAUGAGCAGUUCCACUCAUUUCAUGCCAAAACCAGGUUUGCCUACUGUUUCAACAAAAAGUGCUGCACCGAUUUCCGCCCCAGUUGCUCCAGCUAGUAAUGUUCCGUCAAAACAAACAUAUGCGGGAGAUGAACAGCAGACUGUUGAAGGCUUGUUACAUUCGCUUGGAUUGGGGAAAUAUGCCAUCAUUUUCAAAGCUGAGGAAGUGGACAUGCAUGCACUGAAGCAGAUGGGGGAAAGUGACCUGAAAGAACUUGGGAUACCUAUGGUAUGUUUUCUAUCCUUUUGCUGCCAAAUUGUAUGCAAUUUUCACCUCAAGGGCCUAGGAAGAAGAUUCUUCUCUCCGUUCUGCCUCGUUCUAAAAGGCAACCUCGAUGAUGAGAUAUGCCUGCAAUAUAACAUGAUGGAAUCAACUUCAGUAGAAGAGUCCAGCGACUCCAGCGACUCCAUGCAAUCUUCAAAUUUUGCACACUGGACUUGGGGGGUUUACUGAAAGUCUGAUGGAAUUGAGCUGAGAAUGAGAGGAAAUUAUGAGAUUCCAAUGUGAUUCAAAUUUUGCCUUUCCAAAUUGCCAUUCUUUGUGAUACUGUGACCUAGAUGCAGGAUUUGCCAAGUUGUAUUUGUAUGAAGAGAGUCAAAUGUAAUGAUAUUCCUAUCCGAGUCAGUGUACUAGUUAUUGAGCUUUUUCUUAUUCUACCUCCAAUCCACUUCUCACGUGCGGCGUGCGCUAUGAUGUUCCUAGUAUGAACUUCUCUGUAGUGUUUACGAUGGUUUGUUGGGUGAAUUUCUGCUGCAGGGGACCGACUGCUUGUGGUUCUCGCCUUCUCGGCGGGGCAGAUGUUGGUUUAUGUAUG